AUGAAAGUUUCAUUAUCAGAUUUCGGUUUUCAUUAACCAAAUGCACCAGAAAUUAAUACACCGAGAUCUCUUGAGGCUUGUAGAAGGGAAGGAAUUUAACCUAGUGAAAUUGUUAAGAUUCCAUUUGAAGAGUUUCAAAAGAGAUACAAAAUGAAAAAUUUAGAUCAUAAGGGAAUUGAACAAUUUUACAAACAUUAUGAGGAAAGAAGAGAAAAGAAAUUUGAAGAACUAAUUAAAUAGAGACAUAUUGUUAUUGAAGAUGAAAAGACUGGUACUUUACAUUAUAUUUAUGUAAAGGGGCAUGGAGUUCUGAAGGAUUAUCUAAAAGUAAAGUGAUAUCAAAAUAUGGUUAAUAAGAAACAUCUUCCUUAGUUGAAAAGGAAAAGUAAUAAUUAGAGAAAAUAAAAAAGAAGUAGUAAAAAGAAAUAGAAGGUAUGCUUGAAUAUGAAUUGAAAAUGCAAGAAAUACGAUAAGAAAAUGAAAGAAAAUAAGCUGAAGAAAUUGCAAAAUAAUAAUAAAGGGAUGUUGAAUUAUAAAAGAAAAGAGCUGAAUAAGAGGAAUAAAAAAAAUAAAAGGAGUUAGAGAAAUAAUAAAAAAGAGAAUAGGAAGAAGAAAUACAGAGGUAAAAAUUAAAGGAAAUGGAAUUGAAAGAAAAAGAACGAUUAAAAUUAGAAGAAUUGAAAUAAAAGGAAAGAGAAGAGGAAGCAAGGAAAAAAGAAGAGGAACGAAAAGCUAUAUAAGAAAAAUUAAAAAAAUAAAAUGAAGAAAAUUAAAGAAUUUAAUAAGAAUUAUUAGAAAAAAGAAAAUAAGAUAUGGAACUCAAAGCAGAAUAGAGAAGAAAGGCAUUAGAAGAAUAAAAAUUAAAAAAGAAAUAAGAAGCAGAAUUAGCAAGAGUAUAAAAUGAAGAAAGAAUUUAAUAGGCAAAAUAAAGGAAUGAAAAUGAACUUUAAAAAUUAAAAGAUGUAUAUUCUAAUAAUUGAUAUGUAUAGGAUUUUGAAAGAAAAAUAAAAUUAAGUGAAAUCAAAUAAAAAUAAUAUGAAGAAGAAAAAUAAAAGAAAUUUGAUUAGUAAAGAAAAGAAGCUGAAAAACAUUCUGAAUUAUUUUAAAAGGUAAUUGAAUAAAAUAAUCAAAUGGAAUAAGAAAAGAAGAAUUAAUAUUUAAAGAAAAUACAAGAAGCAGAAGAAAGAAGAAAAUAAAUUGAAGAAGAAUUAGAAAAAGAAAAAGAAGUAAAAAAAUAAUUAGAAAAAGAAAAAGAGUAAUAAAGAAAAUAAGUUUUAUUAUUAAAUGAAGAAAAUAAUAAAUAAAAAAUAGAAGAAUUAGUUAAAAAGAUAAAUGAGAAAGAAGAUAUAUUAAAUAAAAUAUAAGAAGAAAGAAAUGAAUAACUUUAAGAUAGAAAAACAUUGGAUAUAUUAAAACGUUUUGAUAAAAGAGAGAAUGUAGAAAGAAUUAUGAGAAAAUAAGAGUAUGAUAAAUAAAAAUUAUAAGAAAAAAUUGUUGAAAAAAUGUAAAGAGCAGAUAAAUUAUCAGAAGAUCUUGAUUAAUUAUUAUCUUAAAGACAUAAUCUAAGAAGAGAAAUUGAAAAAUAAAAAAGAGAAAUUAUGAACAAAUUUGAAAAAGUUAGAGAAGGUAAACUUCCACCUGCUGAAAUUUAGAAAUAAUUAGGUAUAACUGAACCUGAUGCAAAAUUUAAUAAUUAAAGUAAUCCUUAUCGUACUUUUUCAUCCACCAGACCUAAAACUAAUUAAGCUAAAGAAAGACCUGAUAAAUUAUAAUCUGUUAGACCAGCUAAGAUUUAAUCUGCUAAACCUGAACCUAUUUAAACAAAAGAUAAAAUAGAUCUUAAACCAACAUCACCUAUUAUUGAAUAGUAGGGUAAUUUAAUAUUUCAAAUUUAGCCAAUAGAACUACACCUAAAUUCCAUAAAAAAAUUGAAGCUAAAAAGAAAUCUGAACCAAAUAGAAUAGAAGCUCCAAGUCCUUAAAUUCUUAUCUAUCUUAAUAAAAUGGUUUAAAAACAUAAUUAAGAUAUGAUGAGAUUAUUAAUGGAAGAACAUGCAAAUGAAAAUUUAAGGGAUGAAAAAUUAAAUUAAGUUAAAGGUGAAGAAAAAGCUAAACUUGAAAAAGAAUAUGCUUUAGAAAGAGUUAAAGCUUAACUUAAAAUUGAAAAGUUAAAAUAAACUUAAGAGUCAUAACAAUAUUAAUAUAAACUUACUAAUAACAUUUUUGAUAAUGAUAUUAUUAGAUGA